UUGUAAUAAUGGGAGGAAAAGAGCCAACCAAAGGAGCCCAGCACGUACGCCAGCCUCAGUGUGACAGAGCAUGGGGACAUAAAGCUGAAUGGUGAGCAGAGCCUGUAACUCAGUUUUUCGGCACUUCAUCUGCUACAAGUUCCAGCUUAGAGAUGGAUAUUCUCUGUGAAGAAAACACUUCUUUGAGCUCAACUACGAACUCCUUAAUGCAAUUAAAUGAUGACACAAGGCUCUACAACAAUGACUUUAACUCCGGAGAAGCUAACACUUCGGAUGCAUUUAACUGGACAGUGGACUCAGAAAAUCGAACCAACCUUUCCUGUGAGGGCUGCCUGUCACCACCCUGCUUCUCCUUACUUCAUCUCCAGGAAAAGAACUGGUCUGCUUUGUUGACAACUGUAGUGAUUAUUCUAACCAUUGCUGGAAACAUACUUGUCAUCAUGGCAGUGUCCCUAGAGAAAAAGCUGCAGAAUGCCACCAACUAUUUCCUGAUGUCACUUGCCAUAGCUGAUAUGCUGCUGGGUUUCCUUGUCAUGCCCGUGUCCACAUUAACCAUCCUUUAUGGGUACCGGUGGCCUCUGCCUAGCAAGCUCUGUGCCGUCUGGAUUUACCUGGAUGUGCUCUUCUCCACCGCCUCCAUCAUGCACCUCUGCGCCAUCUCCCUGGAUCGCUAUGUUGCCAUCCAGAACCCCAUCCAUCACAGCCGAUUCAACUCCAGAACUAAGGCAUUUCUGAAAAUAAUUGCUGUUUGGACUAUAUCAGUAGGUAUAUCCAUGCCAAUACCAGUCUUUGGGCUCCAGGAUGAUUCGAAGGUCUUUAAGGAAGGAAGUUGCUUACUCGCCGAUGAUAACUUCGUCCUGAUUGGCUCUUUCGUGUCCUUUUUCAUUCCCUUAACCAUCAUGGUGAUCACCUACUUUCUAACCAUCAAGUCGCUCCAGAAAGAAGCUACUCUGUGUGUGAGUGAUCUCGGAACACGGGCCAAAUUAGCUUCUUUCAGCUUCCUGCCUCCGAGCUCCCUGUCUUCAGAAAAGCUCUUCCAGCGGUCCAUCCACAGGGAGCCAGGCUCCUACGGCAGGAGGACUAUGCAGUCCAUCAGCAACGAGCAGAAAGCUUGCAAGGUGCUGGGCAUCGUCUUCUUCCUGUUUGUGGUGAUGUGGUGCCCCUUCUUCAUCACCAACAUAAUGGCCGUCAUCUGCAAAGAGUCCUGCAACGAGGAUGUCAUCGGAGCCCUGCUCAAUGUGUUCGUUUGGAUCGGUUACCUCUCCUCAGCAGUCAACCCGCUAGUGUACACACUGUUCAAUAAGACCUAUAGGUCGGCCUUUUCCAGGUAUAUUCAGUGUCAGUACAAGGAAAAUAAAAAACCAUUGCAGUUAAUUUUAGUGAACACUAUCCCAGCCUUGGCCUACAAGUCUAGUCAGCUCCAAAUGGGACAAAGAAAGAAUUCAAAGGAAGAUGACAAGACGACAGAUAACGACUGCACUAUGGUUGCUCUAGGAAAACAACAUUCAGAAGAUGCUCCUACAGAUAAUAUCAACACAGUGAAUGAAAAGGUUAGCUGUGUGUGA